UCUGGCGUAUUUCCGCUAGUGAAUUGAAGUCAGGGCGGCGCGCAGCCGAACUGACGACCGAAGCUGGAGGAGCUCGGCGAUUGUCCGGUGGCGUGCUGCUCUGGGCCACCCUGCUCCGCGACACUGCGCUUGCGCUGAAGCCGACCGGACCCCGGCACCCUUCAGAUGCGUCCGCACCUCUCUGCCGCUGCUCCUCUGGAGGCUCGACGCAAGUGUUGCUUCCGACUGGGCAGCGCUCCUCCCAGGCGGGCUCACCGCGAGGACCCUCCGCAGGCAGUCCUGGAGCCAUCUGUGUACCAGGUGCCAGUGACUUUCAGAGAUGUGGCCGUGCACUUCGGCAGGGAGGAAUGGGAGUGUCUCAGCCCUAACCAGAGGACCCUCUACCGGGACGUGAUGCUGGAAAACUUCAGGAACUUCAUCGAACUGGGAUACCGCGGCCCUAGACCAGACCUUAUUUCUCACCUGGAACAGUGGGAUGAACCAUGGGUUGAAGAUUGGGACAGACUUGAGUUUCUAGAAGCACGAAAAGGUGUCUGCCCAGGAGACAGAAAGUCCGUGGAUCCUAAGAGACCCCGUGACCUGGCUCCGGCUCAUGAGAGGGCCCAUCCACAGACAGGAGCCAAGAGAGGGCCUACCUUGAAGAAGAGUGUCCUGACAUUGGGUAAGGUGAACCUUCCCAGAGCCACCUCUGGGAAGAAAGUGCAUGGACAGGAUGCUUUCCAAAACCAGAUGUGUGGAAAAUCCUGCAAGAAGCAGCCAGGCCUCAUGGAGCAGAGCAAGAACGGUGCAGAGGGACAGCCCUUCAUCUGUGGUACGUGUGGGAAGGCACUGAGCUGCUAUAGCCGGCUGGCUGCUCACCAGACAGUACACACUGGAACCAGGUCCUUUAAGUGCUUUGAGUGUGGCCGGACGUUCCGCUGGGUUUCAAACCUUCUGCGCCACCAGAGAAAUCACACAAGUGAAAAACCCUUUGGCUGUGAGGUGUGUGGACAGGCCUUCAACUGGAAGGACCGCCUAACGCAGCAUCGCAAGAUCCACACUGAACACAGUCCAUAUGUGUGCAGUGACUGUGGGAAGGCCUUCAAACAGAAGUCAAACCUCCUCCGGCACAAACGCGUUCAUACUGGAGAGAGGCCUUUCUACUGCGACAGCUGUGGGAAGGCCUUUCGUACCAAAGAGAACCUCAGCCACCACCAGCGGAUUCACAGCGGAGAGAAGCCCUACACCUGUGACGAGUGUGGGAAGGCCUUCAGGUGGCCCAAGAGCUUCAGUAUCCACCAGAGGGUCCACCUGGCAAAGAGAGUCUACGAGUGUGAGCACUGUGGGAAGGGCUUCCGCCACCUGGGUUUUUUCACGCGGCAUCAGAGAACUCACAGGCGUGGAAAAGUAUAAAGGUGCCUGGAGGCAGCUGGGCCUUCCCUGAAGAACUGUGGCUGGGGUUCUCAAGCCUACCAGCCAUGUGGUCCUUGAGUGAACCAUUUAGAGCUCCCUGAGUCUGAGGAAGUUUUGCCAGGAAACUGACACAGGGAAGGGACUCUCUGCGGUAUGCAGGCAGAGCCGGUGACAGCUCUGGCCAUGUCAGCUGAAAAACUUGCCCUUGUCCUGAGAGUUACCUGUGUGCAUUUAACUCCUUUCUCUCCUCGCUCGUCACCGCGUCUCCCCAAAGCAAUACAUUUUCUGACUUUCAUUUUGAAGCCAAGGCAACCCUAAAGUCAGUAAAGGGUGGUUUAAUUUUGCAGUCCCUUUCAUAGUCUGGUGUCUGUCGGUAGCCACCGUCCUCUGUUCAUUAGCAUUCAGAAAUUCAAAAUUAACAAAGCACAUCUAAGGUCCAAACUUCCCGUGUUAUGUUUUCCAUCCUUGUGUGGUUUUUAAAAAAAUAUUACUUUAUUCUCUUUUUAAAGACUUCAUUAUUUUAAAUUUUU